GUUUAAUUCAGCGCCGUUGGAGCUUUGGAGCCUCGGGAGCUUGUUGCCCGUUUGGGUAAUGUCUUGGAAUUAAGCUAAAUGUUCUAGAAAAACUUCAAGUUCGUUAACGAGACGUAAUUGGAGGGGAUGAGCGGGUUCGCGCCGCAUCAUCGUGCACUUCAUACCCACUACACCCGCCAGCCUAUCGCCAUCUCACUGUUACCAAGGUAGUUCAUGAAUCAGUCCUGCUGACGAAUUGAGAUCUGUCGCAAUUCAGCUGUUCGAUGUGCCCGUUCCCCCGAGCCUGGGCAAGUAAUUGUUUCUAGUGUCCAUCAUAUCAUGAUGCAAAGAGGGCCAUUAUUAUAGCCUCCUCUCCUCCUCCUCCAUAACCGCGCCAUGAAAGCAAGCAGGCUGCCGAUACGGAAUUUCAAGAAAUGUCUUGAACAGCAGCCUCGUCUGUCAUAUUCCCAAUCGAGAUCAAUAACGACCUCCCCGGUCCCUCGGAAAGCAUGUCAGAUCCAAUCUCGGCGGCCGUCGAAACACUGUAGCGCUGCCAACCGAGCCUACUCAACCGCAGUCCCGGCAUCACAAUUGCUCUUCGGACAGCCUGUCCACGAAACGCAUCCGCAUCUCCUCAAAUCAGGCGAGUUGACGCCAGGCAUAACAGCCCAAGAGUACCACGAGCGCCGGGCCGCGCUCUGCGCCCUUCUCCCCGAGAACUCAGCCGUGAUUCUGCGCGCGGCGGACCUCAAAUACCGUAGCGGUGCCGUGUUCCACGCCUUCCGGCAAGAGUCCAACUUCCUGUACCUGACCGGGUUCAGUGAGCCCGAGUCCCUAGUGGUCCUGCGGAAGACAGGCGAUUCACCAGACGACUACAUCUUCCACCUAUUCUGCCGGCCCAAAGACCCUCAAGCCGAGCAAUGGCACGGGCCAUGGAGUGGCGUCGACGCCGCGAGAGACGUGUGGAACGCAGAUGAGGUGGGCGAUAUCGGGCGUGCUGUUCCACUCCUAGCCGAGGCGCUGAAGGGUGUGGAGAGGAUAUACACGGACGCCGAACGCACCAAGAACGGCGCGGAAACGUCCUUCGGAGGCAUGCUCAAGCUCGCAGCUCCGCAUGUUUCCUCAUUCAACGCCUUGAAACCACACAUCAACUCUCUCCGCGCGAUAAAGUCGCCCGCCGAGAUCGCCAACAUGCGGCACGCAGGGCAGCAAUCCGGCCGCGCCAUCACAGCCGCCAUGCGCAGGUCUUGGGAGUCCGAAAAGGAGCUUGCGGCCUUCCUCGAGUACACGUACCAGACGUCCGGGCUGGACGGGCAGGCUUACAUCCCCGUGAUAGCCGGCGGGUCGCGCGGUACGCUAAUCCACUACACCCUGAACAACGCGGCGCUGCAGUCCGACGAGAUGGUCCUCGUGGACGCGGGCGGCGAGUACGGCACCUACAUCACAGAUAUAACACGCACGUGGCCCGUGUCCGGGAAAUUCAGCCCCGCGCAGCGCGAUCUGUACACGGCCGUCCUCAAGGCCCAGCGCUCGUCGGUGUCGCUCUGUCGCGCGAGCGCGAACUUGACGCUCGACCAGCUACACAACAUCACGGAGCGCUCGCUGCGGCAAGAGCUCACGCAUCUCGGCUUCAACCUCAGCGGGGACGCGAUGGGCGUGCUAUUCCCGCACCACGUGGGGCACUACGUCGGGCUCGACGUCCACGACGUCCCCGGAUAUCCGCGGAACGUGCCGCUGAAGGAAGGCCACUGCAUCACGAUCGAGCCUGGCGUGUACGUGCCCGACGACGCGCGAUUCCCACGGCACUUCCGCGGCUUAGCCGUGCGUAUCGAGGAUAGCAUUGCCGUGGGCGACGACAAUCCUCUAAUACUGACCACUGAGGCAGUCAAGGAAGUUGAGGAUAUCGAGGCGUUGAGAAGCUGAAGACUUUGCGCGCCGCAAGCAGGGCCAGUUUUAUAGAAUCAUUAAGAUCGAGAUAGAGGCGCUAGGCGUCAGAAUUACAUCCUGUAAGAACCUGUGUAUAGACGCACAUAACUAGAACAUAGCGAGAUAGAGAACAAGAAAGUAGGCACUCCAGCUUACAGCUAUGAGUCGCUUGCUACAGCUGCAAUUAUUCCUACGCCCCAUGCCUUUGUGUCAACGACAUCCAUACAUUCUUAGUUUUCACAUACAGAAGGAACAAGAAAUGAAACGUGACCA